AUGGCUCAGUUCAAAAUAAUAAGUUUAUUCUGCCUCGCCCUAUGUGCCAAUGGGGCACAAUUGCCGUCAUUUCUAACACCGUGUUCUCAAAGUUUGCCAGUAGAAGAGUUGUCAAAUUGCAUCACAGCACAAGCCCGAAAUUCUCAAAAGGUCUUCGCCAAGGGUAUACCCCAGUUAACAGACCCUCUGGAUCCGUUGACCUUGAACAAUGUGAGCGCUGUAGCUGGCACAUUCAGUAUUAAGAGUACCAAUGUCAUUGUAAAGGGGUUGAGAAAAAUGGAAAUUAAAGAAAUGAGGUAUGACCUGCAAAAACUGUCUGGGCAUACGAAGGUUUUCGGAAACCUCUCAUUUACGAGUGACUAUGAAACUGAAGGAAGGGUGCUCUUGCUACCCAUUACUGGUAGUGGAAAACUUGCUGUGAAAAUGUAUAACACAGAUGUGCUGAUCAAAUUCAAGAUCAGGAAAGUUCAAGGACCUGAUGGCGCCGAACACAUGGAGACUUACGACUUAAAAACCAGCCAACAGUAUGGAAACGUCAAGAUACAUAUGUCCAAUAUUCUGGGAGGAAAUGCUAUCGGCGACGGUAUCAACCAUGUGUUAAACGAAAACUGGCGAGAUCUGAUGACGGAGGUUGGACCCCCCUUCAUAGAAGCAGUGUCUGCGAAAGUCCAUGAUGUCAUCAACCAGUUGUACAAACAAGUGCCUAUAAAUGAGUUGUUUACGCCUUAAGUUAGUAUUAAAUAAGUAGUUGUAGCUCUAGGUAAACUGUAGGCUGAUUGUUUUAAAGUCAAGUAAUCUAUCAACCUAAGAUAUAACAGUAAAAAUGUCCGUGUAUCAUUGACACUAUUGCACGUAGUACGUUAACUGUUGUGAGAGUACCAUAGAUUACUUAAUAGUUACUACGUAACAAAUACACCACUCUCAUACAAAAUCGAAAACAACUACGCUGUAAUAGCCUACUAAAUCUGACAAAUGGCACCAGGCACUCACUACGAGAAAAAAUGUCCUAAACAGGCGUUUAUAGAUGUGAAAAUAACGUUGCCCGCCGUGUGCAGUCGUGAGGAGUCGAAUGCUCUUAAAUGAAAGUCUUGUAUGAGCGCUUGCACCGACGUCGCCGCACUCAGCGAUAGGCACUGUAUCGCGUAAUCUUGAGCGAGUGAAGAAGCCCUGGUAGCAUUCACAUAAGAUAAGAGAGCAUCUAAAGCAAGAUAAUAGAGUAGUUAACAGAUGGUCUUUUAAAAUUUCGCAUUACAUUACGCUUAAUUUAAAAAAAAACUAUGAUUUAUUACACCAAAACAUAAUAAAUUUAUUUAUAAUCAAAACUGUAAAACCCGCAC